CUGAGAUCAGCGGCCGGUCGGGAGCUGAUAUCAGCGGCCGGUCGAGACCUGAGAUCAGCGGCCGGUCGGGACCUGAGAUCAGCGGCCGGUCGGGAGCCGAGAGCAGCGGCCGGUCGGGACCUGAGAUCAGCGGCCGGUCGAGAAUUGAAAGCAGCGGUCGGCAGGGUUGAGAUCGAGCCGUCCACCUGCAGCUAUUUUAGAGUCGAGAAGCUGGGAAGACGGCCGGCGGGAUAAAGCUAAAAAUACUCAUAAAACUGUGGUCUUGGGUCGAGCCUUCACUUGAGCAGGAGGCAUAUUUCAAAAGGGAUGGCCAAUAUAGUAGAGUUGCCACAGCAGGUCUCUGCGCAAGCCUAUAUGAUGAACCAUAUGGUUGAUGCAGAAGAUGAUGAAGAUGUCAGACUUCAUUUAGCAGCUUUGUGUGGAGACGGUAAAGGUUUAAAGCAGAUCACAGCAGACCCUCAGUACAAUCAGUGGCUCAACUAUCGUAUUCGGCCAUAUAUGUCACCGCCAUUGAGAUUAGCCGUUUCAGGAGGAAACCCUGACUGUGUUGAAGUACUUGUGUUAGCAGGUGCAGACAUAGAGCUGGAAGAUGUGAAAGGACAAACUCCUCUCUUUGUUGCAACAUCUCAAAGAAAGUUAGAAAUAAUGAAGAUUCUGCUGGAAGCCGGUGCAAAUCCAGAAGGUAGUCGAAAAAAUCGCUGUUCUCCAUUGCUAAUUGCAGUCAGAGAUGGGUUUUCAGCAGGUGUUAAGCUCCUCCUACAAUAUGGAGCUGAUCCAGAGCCUUUUGAUCAGGUGUGCACGUGUGUGCCUGGCUGGCCACUGCAGCAUGCUGUCGUGUAUGCUCAUUUUUCCUGUUAUUUUGAGCUGGUAAAAGGAGGGGCUAUAGCAAAUCUUACUUCACUCCCAUAUCCAGUAAAUCCAAAAACAGUGGCACGUUUGUCAAUUCCACAUGCCAUUCUGAAGUAUGCAAAGGAGUAUCCAGAGUUUGUAGAGUUGCAUUAUGAGAGUGGCGGUGACUUACGCCAGCUCAACACCAAUGGAAUAACCUGUAUAGAAGAAUUUGUUGAAGUUUCACCUGCAAGGGAUCAAUUAGUUGCAUUAUCAGGGUUGCCUUUGAGCCUCAAGUCGUUGUGUCGAGUGGCUAUCCGAAAAUUUCUUGGGCGGAAAAGUCUGUUUAAGCUUUCAUUGCUUGAGGUUCCGUCUUCUUUAAUUACAUUCUUAAACUUUGAAGAGUUUACUCAUUAUUCACGAAAAUCCAAAGAAAAUAUUCACAUUAAAAUCCAUACCAAAGAAGAGUAAAUUUACACAAAGAAUGGCAGAGAAAUUUGAAAAUGUUAGAAGAUAAUUUAGUGAAUUCCAGUAAAUUUAGUCUUUAUAACAAUGAAAGAGAAAUAUUCCAAUAUACUGUACAUGAAUGAUAUUUUACACUACACAUUAGCUUCCAUGCUCUUUUUUUAAUUUCAUGAUCACCUAACAAGUUGAAUCAGUUAAAGGAAAUCAUGCAUGAUGCGCAACUUGGGUACUUUAUUGACACUGAACUAUUAAGUGAACCAAAGAGGCAUCCAUCAGUCAUAGGAGACUAUGGAGUUGCACUCUGGAUAUUGGUCUGGUGUGGCCUCUCCAGGGCGCAAAGCCAGGGUAGGUUGAUACAGGGGAGACUAUUAAGAGAAACUCUUAAUAUUCUGGUAUUUACUAAGUACUGUAUACUUUUUAAAAUAAUGGUAAUUUGAAUUGAAAAGUCCAAUUAUACUGAAUAUUAAAUAUACAGAAUUGGUAUUUUAAUGUUUCACGUAUAGUUUUUAUUCAAGUUUAGGAUACAUUUUUAUAUAUUUAUAUAUACAGUAUAUAUAAAGAGUAGAAUAGUGUACGACCUCUAAAUGGAAGGGAUUCGUAUGAUAAAUGGAGGGGCUAGAAGUGUUAACAAUACCGAAGCUGGAAGAUAGACGGAAAAAGAGACAAUAUGAUUACUACAAACAAAAUAAGUGACAGGAAUUGACACAAUUGACAUUGAUGAAUUUUUGAAACUUGGAAAAAUAAGUACCAACCAACACUGGUACUAAAAACCAAUAAUGGUACUAAAAACCAACAAUGGUACUAAAAAAUAACAUCUUUAAGUUCUCUUUUUGCAGACAGUUGUAUGCUAUUACAACAAUUCAAGUGAGAAGUUGGUGGCUGUCAAAACCAUCAGUACUGUAGUUUCAAAGCAUCAUCUGACAGUUUAUAAGGCAGACGAGAGGGACACCACGAGCAUAGCUUUCAUUAUGAAACUAUACUUAGGUAAUUACAUCCACUUUGGGAGGGAAUCCCAAGGAGCUGAAAAGAUGUCCUCAAAGCUCUACAGACUGAGGUCAAGAACUAGUGACAUAGGUAUAGAUAUUUGAGAGUAUGAUGUAUCAUUAACAAGACAGUAUGGUAAUUUAAUUAGGAAAUGGGGUAAAAGGGACAAAAUUAGCAGAGCAGGCAACUCAUUCUAUGAAUGACGGUAUCCUUCAAAUGGUAACCUGGUAAAGAAGUGUUCAAGUUGCAGGAGGAUGCAGAGCUUAAAACAAAACAAUAUUAGUGAUUCUGUACGCAGUUUAUAACAUGUUUGUUGAUAAAGGUAAAUUAAAGGGGAAAGCAGUAAGCAAGCUUGUUUGAAAGUAAGAAUUACAUGCAAGCAAUAAAUGUUAACCACCACCAAUUUCA